AAUCACUAUCUGAUACACAUUCAUACUUUUUUUCUUGUAAAGAAAGAGAAAAGGGACCAUUUUUAUUAUCUAACCCUUCGUUUAGUUCCCUUUCUCCCCUGUUGGGUUGGUGGCUUUGUGAGAGAUUGAGGACUCGGUGGGUUUGGACUCAGAGUCUGAAGAUGGGAAGGAUUUCAAGGAUUGCGAGUUUUGCAAUUCCUUCUAUGAAGGAGAAGCAACAACCUCUCAUUACGUGCACGACCUUCAACAUUCUCGCUCCCAUAUAUAAGCGCCUCGACCAGGAGGACGCGAGUUGCCGCGAAAGCGACUACAGACCGUUUUGGUUGGACAGGAAUGACAGGAUAUUGGAUUGGCUGUUGCACGAGAGGUCUUCCAUUAUCUGUCUUCAGGAAUUUUGGGUUGGAAACCCAGAGCUUGUUAAUUUGUAUGAGAAGAGACUCGGUGAUGCAGGUUAUAUUAAUUUCAACCUUGGACGGACUAACAACCGUGGGGAUGGUCUCCUAAUUGCGGUGCAAAAGGAACACUUUAAGAUUCUCAAUUACAAAGAAUUGCACUUCAAUGAUUGUGGAGAUCGUGUAGCUCAAUUGUUACAUGUCGAAUUAGCAUCUCCAUUAUCACAAUCCCGAAAUAGUGAUACUGGGCAGGAAAUUAUUAUUGUCAACACACACUUGCUAUUUCCUCAUGACUCAACUCUGUCCAUAGUACGAUUGCACCAGGCCUACAAGAUACUUCAAUAUGUGGACUCCUAUCAGAAAGAGUAUCAACUGAAGCCUUUGCCAAUCAUGCUAUGCGGUGACUGGAAUGGUAGCAAACGCGGGCAUGUUUACCGGUUCCUAAGGUCUCAUGGAUUUGUAUCGUCAUAUGAUAUUGCUCAUCAAUACACAGAUGGAGAUGCACACAAGUGGAUUAGUCACCGUAAUCACCGAGGAGAUAUAUGUGCUGUUGAUUUUAUAUGGCUUCUAAAUCCUGAUAAAUAUCGGAAACUGCUGAAAGCAACUUGGAGUGAUGCUGUGUUUGGCAUGUUCAAGUAUCUAUUGCGGAGAGCUUCUCUGAAUGAGAGUAAUGCAUUUGCCUUCCUAAAGGGAGAUAACGAAGAUUGUAUUACCUUUGCUGGUUUCUAUGAUGCACUUGAACAGCUUAAUUUGAUUGGUCCUCCUUGUGGACUUAGUGUUCAAGAGGCAAAGGACUUGUGGGUCCUAGUGGAUGUGGAUGGAAAUGGUUUGCUGGAUUUUAAAGAGUUUCAGCAGCAAAUCUGGAUGCCGUCAUGUUUAGAUCAGAUAGAUGAGAUAAAGAAAGAGGAGCUAAAUGACGAAUCAAAUGGGAAUCAGGAACAAGCCAUUGGUUUCAGUAUAAAGAAUGCAACACUGUCCCCUCCUGAGGCAGAGAAAGGCAUAUGGCCUGAAGACUACUAUCUAUCUGAUCAUGCAAGACUAACAGUAGCAUUCUCGCCAAUAAGAUUGCCAUGUUCCCGGAUGAUUUAUUGACACAAAUGCUUGGGGUUGGGGACACUCAUUCUAGGGUUUAACACAUUUGUACAUAAUAGGACACAAGAUGUGAAUGGAUGAAGAAAGUAGAAGCAACUAAACGAGACUCAUGAGGAGGCUUCAAGCCAGAAGUUCAACCUUACAAGGCUGAGAAACAGAGCAGCACCAAGUGACAGAGUGGACAAUGUGAAGUCACUUGAAAUGUUAUCCCAUUCAACAGAGAAGAGGAGAAUGAUGUGUACAGUCUUUUUUUAGUUUGUAGUGAUGAAU